AUGUACAAACAAGUGUUGCCGAUUGCCUUUCUGCUGGUUGUUCUUCAGAAUGCCUUUGCCUUCAGAAUCAGGAGACCCGAAUGUCCCAUGCUCAAAUGUGCAACCAAUUAUGAUCCAGUGUGCGGGAAAGAUGGAAUCACUUACGACAACAGCUGCUACUUGAGAAGCUUCACUUGUGGAAAAAUCAAGAUGGAUUAUGCCGGAGAGUGUGUCCGACAAAUUACUACUGCUCAACCAUGUGGGGCGGAUGUGAUGUGCACAAUGGAGUACAUGCCAGUGUGCGGCAGCGACGGAGUUACCUAUUCCAACCAAUGCAUCCUUAAAACACGAACAUGUGGGCAGGGAGUUACCCUAGAGCACGAGGGAGAAUGUAACGCUAACCCACCUUGUAAUGCCAUGAGGUGUACACGGGAGAAAAUCCCAGUGUGUGGCAGCGACGGAGUUACCUAUUCCAACCGAUGCAUCUUUGAAACAGAAACAUGUGGGCAGGGAGUUACCCUAGCACAUGAGGGAGAAUGCAACACGCAAAGACCCUGCGACACAGACACGUUUUGCACCUUUGAUUACCAACCAGUGUGUGGUAGCGACGGGGUUACUUAUCCCAACGCAUGCAGCUUUAAUACCCAGACAUGUGGCACCAAUGCCACUGUAGUCCAUGAAGGAGCAUGCGACACCCCAAGGCCCUGUGGUGCCCUUAGAUGUACAUUCAUUGACCAGCCUGUUUGUGGCAGCGAUGGACAGACCUACCCCAACAAGUGCCUCUUUGAUACCGAGACGUGUGGCACCAAUGCCACUGUAGCCCAUGAAGGAGCAUGCGUUACAGUUUCCUAA